AUGGCUUCCAAUGUGCAAGACUCGCCUGUUCAGCAGACAUUUGUGGAGGAGAUAGAUUACAAUGAAAUUCAGGAGUUAUCGGUGGUGGGCAAGGGAGCGUUUGGCGUAGUAUGGAAAGGUUUGUGGAGAAACACACUAGUAGCAGUAAAACACAUUAAUUCUGAGGCUGAGAAGCGGGAAUUUUCAAUAGAAGUGCGGCAAUUGUCUCGUGUGUCACACCCGAACAUCGUGCGGUUGUAUGGAGCGUGCACGAAGGGCGCCCACGUCUGUCUAGUCAUGGAGUACGCAGAGGGAGGCUCCUUAUACAAUGUGCUGCACAACCGCCCCAAACCUAAAUACACCGCAGCUCAUGCAAUGAGUUGGGCUCGACAAUGCGCCGAGGGUGUAGCAUACCUCCAUGCAAUGAAACCCAAGCCAUUGAUACACAGAGAUUUAAAACCACCCAACUUGUUGCUGGUGGGAGGAGGGCAGAGGCUAAAGAUCUGUGACUUUGGAACAGCUGCAGAUAAAGCUACUUACAUGACAAAUAACAAAGGCAGUGCUGCGUGGAUGGCACCUGAGGUGUUUGAAGGAUCAACAUAUACUGAGAAAUGUGAUGUGUUCUCAUGGGGUAUUAUACUAUGGGAGGUACUGUCGCGGAGGAAACCUUUCGAGGAAGGAGGGUCAGCUUUUAGGAUAAUGUGGGCUGUGCAUACAGGUCAAAGGCCAAACUUGAUAGAGGGUUGUCCUGAGCCAAUAGAGCAGUUAAUGACACAAUGUUGGCACAAAGUUCCUGCGGAGCGACCCAGCAUGGCUAAAGUGGUAGACAUAAUGGCAGCGCUGUGCGAGUUCUUCCCCGGCGCGGACACGCCCAUCAACUACGACGACUGCGAGGACGAGGACGAGGAGUGUUCGGAGGACGAGUACAUGCAAUACGACACUCAGGACAGCCUCGACACUGACACUGACCAGGGCAUACUGUCACAAGUACACAUCCCGACACAGUACCCCGACACCACCGCCUCCAACCCCGUACUGCUCCGAAACAUCGACCAUACCAUCCAGCCGCCCCGGCCUCGCAGCUUCGUCGAAACUCAAGUGAGUAAGCUACAGAACUUAAUGGCCGCCGAGGCGCAUCCCAAAACCUCGGCCUUACCUAAAGAUGAACCGGAUGUACAUAACAGAAUAGGACCGGUUCGGAUCCCACAGCAGUUUAAAAAGCCCGAAGCGUAUACGGAAGCGGGACGGUCGGCCGUGACCAUCAACAGGACGUCGAGCUCGCCCGGGCCCGAGCGCGGCGCCGCCAGCGAGGCCAGCACGCCGCAGGAGUCGCUGCUGGCGCGCAGCCCCGCCGUGUUCAGCGACACGUCCUCGCCGCGCCGUCUGUCGCCCAUCGCCAACUACAACGUGGGCAACAUGAACCCGCGCCACAUCGACAUGGACCACUACUGGAGCCGCGAGAACGACAAGCUAUCCACGCGCAGCCCGUCCGUCACCAGCAACUCCAACUCCGUGAGGAAGGAGGACUACAACCAGAAUUACUGUGACAGGCUGAGCGCCGCCAACAGUCCCAUGACGCCCGUCAAAGAGUACAACGGGAAUCUGUCUCAGAGACCGAUCGAUCCGAGAUAUCAAACGCCAUUACAGAUCGAAGUGGAUCCAAAUUCGUGGGAGUUGCUCGACGUGCCGAUCAGUUAUGAUGAUUAUGUGGAAGUGAGAAAUUCUGCUGGCUUUGAUAAAUACUAUACAGUGGGUAACAGUAGUGCGUCGACAGGGGGCGAAGGCGCCGCGCCGCCGCCCUCGGAGCCCGACCCGGCGCUGGACUCCAUGCACAUGAUGCUGGACCCGCACCUCAGGCCUAUCUCCCCGGACCUCAACAACGAGGAGUCCAAGAGAAUAUUCGAAGAACACAAACAACUUGCGCAGGAGUACCUAAAGAUACAGACUGAGUUUGCGUACCUCAGCAACCACAAAGCAGAGCUAGAGGAGAAGAUGGACGACGACGAGUUACGGCAGAAGAGAGAGAUUAUACAGUUAGAGAAAGAAAAGGACUCAUUGAUCAAGCUAUACUGCAGCCUGAAGAAGCAGUUGGCGCGUGCAGAGAACGACAGCUGGCUACAUCCAGAGGAGAUGCCGCACGAGUGA